UUAACAUUCUAUGGACAAUCCAGAACGAGACAUCAGCUUCUCAGCUGCUUGGUUGGAUGGAUCACUGACAGAUGAACAAAUAAGUCAUUUAACUCCUGAACAGUUGGAAAAAACACAAAGGUACAAGACGCAGCAUCAAGUCAUGAAUUAACAGAAUAUAGGUCAUCAAGCACAACAUGAGCUAAUGGCGUUUAUCUUGUUGUUUGCUUUAUUUGCUUCACAGUUUCUUAUUCUUUGGUGGAAGAAGAGGCAUUAUUCUUCAUACCAGACAGUGAGUUUAGGUGGCCUUUACUUUUUCCCCAUGUUGUUUGGAUUCUAUGCUGGUUGGCCUCGGUUCCUUGUUGUUUGGACCUUGUUUUCUAUCUUGAACGGAUUGGUCAUUUACAAAGCAACAAGAAAGCCUUUGGAAGCCAUGACACCUCGUAUGGUAUAUAAGUGGUUUACUGUGGUCUAUAAUGUAUCUUUUGUGGUUGGUUUAUGUGGCUAUAUUAUUGUCUUGUUUGUAUUCUUUGGUCUUGCUGAACUAUUUGGAAUGAAUCCAAGCAUGAUUCAAGUAGGUGUCCUGUUGUUAAGUUAUGGCCUUUACUUUGGUGUGCUUGGAAGAGACUUUGUUGAGAUCUGCACAGAUAGAAUGGCAGCUACCAUUGGUUAUUAUUCAAAAGAAGGAUUACCCAACAAGUAUUUAGGUGAAGGCAUUUGUGCUGUAUGUGGACAUGCUACAUCUGCUUCUUUGGGUCAAGUGCCCUUGGCUAAUGAACCUGCCAAUCGUCCCUUAUUUGCUGAUGAUCCAGUGCACCAAUUGAAUUGUAAACAUGUCUUUCAUGAAAAGUGUAUUCGUGGUUGGGUCAUGAUUGGUAAAAAAGACAUUUGUCCUUACUGUAAGGAAAAAGUGGAUCUAAAAGAAUUCAAACGUAACCCAUGGGAUACUCAACAACAACUUUAUCUAAACUUGUUGGAUGGUGUGCGUUAUUUGGUUGUUUGGCAACCUAUCAUUUUUGGUGCUGUUCAACUUGCUUAUUAUAUCUUUGGAUUAGAUUAAAAAAAAAUUACAUGUUAAUGCCUAAUAAAAUUUUUGCAUGAAAUGCAUCUAUUAACCAAGAAAGC